AUGCUCGACCCAAUGCUUCAACAACUUGCUACGCCUCCUGCACAGGAAUCAUCAACCCUGCCAGUAGAUCCUCUCCAAAUUCAAUCCAAACGACCUCGAGCGAGCCCGAUAGAAGAAACGAAUCGAAAGAACGACAAAAAACAAAAGAAAGAAGACAACACACCAAAAAACCCCCACUGGAGGAUUGAAGAAGACAAGCACUUGUGUAUUAGUUGGCUCAAUACGAGCAAGGACGCCGACAUUGGAACGGGCCAAAAAUUAAGCGCUUUUUGGGAACGAAUCCACGAGUACUUCAUCAAGUUGAACGACUCGUACACGAAGACUCACAAAAACGAUAAGAAUUUCAAGCCCCUUCCGAAUCGAGCGGUGGGUGCUCUUGAAUGUCGCUGGGCCACAGUACUCCAUCGCGUGAACAAGUACUGUGCUGCCUAUGGGCAAGUUGAACGUCGUCUUGGCAGCGGGAAAACACGCGAUGAAAUUGCUGUUGAAGCGAAAGAACUUUUCAAGGCCGAUCAAGGAAUCAAUUUUACUCUUGAUCACUGCUGGGCAAUUCUCCAUAAUUCACCAAAGUGGCAAGAGACGAUGGACGAGAUCGAAGCAAAGCCGAAAAAAGACAAAAAGAAACUUCAGUUACCAACUUCGGAAGCGAGCUCUGUGAAAACGACAACGGACGAUGAGAGUCUUGAUGUCGAGUGUUUUGGUUCUGACCGCCCCGAAGGACGAAAGGCUGCUAAAAAGAGAAAAUAUGAAGAAAAUGAAGCUCUUGAAGGUCAAAAAGAACUCAUCAAGAUUUCCCAACAAAAGAUGGAACUCAUGCAGACUGUUGCUGAUGAAGCCAUCAUGGGAAGAGAUUUAUCCAACUUAGAUGAUAUCUCUCUUGCAUACUAUGCGGCUAAAAAGAAGGAUAUCGCCAAACGAAAUGGCUUGUUGUAA